AUGGGCAGCAAUCACCAACCCGCGCACAUUCUCCUCUACGGAGCCGGCAGCAUUGGCGGUGUCUACCUGUAUCAACUGCUCCAAGCAGGAUGCAAGGUGACUGCGGUAUGUCGCUCGAAUUAUGAUACUGUCAAAAACCACGGAUUUCACCUCUUCUCGGUACGGUACGGCAACAUUGUGUAUAGCCCGUCCGCCGUCGUUCAAGACGUGUUAGAAUGUGUUGAUCAGGUCUUUGACUUUAUUCUCGUCUGCACCAAGUCGCUCCCGGGUAACAAGCCAUCGUUACCAGAGCAGCUUAAACCCGUUCUCUCAGGUCGACCACAGACCGCCAUUGUACUCGCACAGAAUGGCAUUGGGAUUGAAGACGAAGUCGCCGCGAUGUUUCCACAGAACCCCAUUCUAAGCGGGGUGGUCUACUGCCCAGCGGUGCAGACUGGGCCCGGCACAAUUGAGUACCCCGAGUUUCUUAAUCUCCUGGAGCUGGGCACCUUCCCAUCUACAGCACCGCAUAGACAUGCUGCGGAGCGUUUUGCAGAUUUGAUGAUACAGGGUGGUGGGGGCGCGCAGGUGCAUGAUGAUAUCCAGGUUGCGCGCUGGUCGAAGCUACUUAUGAAUGCGGCAUGGAAUCCCGUCGGAGCGCUCACUCUGACGACUGAUGGCGACUUCCUCCGAAAUUCAGGUCCGUACGGGGACGAUCUGGCUUGGGGUGUUAUGGUUGAGAUUGUUAUGCUUGCAAGGGAGAUGGGAGUUACGGGAGUUACACUUCAGGUGGCCAAGGAGAAAUUUGCUAUCGCCAGCAAACGUGCAGAAACAGGCACCGGGAGGGAAAUGAGUAUGCUACAGGAUGUGAGGCAGGGAAGGUCAUUGGAGGUAGAGGCGAUAUUAGGAAAUGCGGUCAGACUUGCACGGGAUAAAAACAUUUCCAUGCCUCGCUUGGAAACGCUAUACGCUUUGACUAAAGCGAGGUGCUGGGCGCUUGAGAAGGAGGCCUCCAAGGUGAAUAGAUAG